AUGGCAGCCGUACCCACACAGGAAGGUAAUGCGCCAGGUGCGGGGGCUGUAAUUGUAGAUGUGAAUGUGGAUGUGGGCCUAGACACAGAUAGCUCUGACGAGGGGGUUUGGCAAGACGUAGGCAUAAGUUCUUUAACAGGACAAUCAGACUCCAUGGCAGUUAGGGUGAUACGCGCAUUUCGUGCGAACACAAUCCGUCAAAAUAAAUGGCAGAAACACAAUCCACACAACUUGACAGGAGAUAAUAUAGAAAUUGACGCAUGUAUUGCCAGUGGAUCAUUCGGACUUGUCUUUCGCGUCGAGAACAAAGAUACCCGUAGUGAGGGACAGCCCGGCAUCAAAUAUGCUAUUAAAAUUUCCAAACUUCGAUUAGAGUCGGAGGCUAACCUUGACUACAACAUGGGCUCAGAUCGCAGUCCCAAUCUUACACGAACCAGUGAAGCUUCUGUUGUUGACCAGAAGCAAAUGAAAGCAUUGAGCUUAACCUCCAAACGUGGAAGGGAGAUAACAACAUUCCUUCAAUAUAUCAAAUCAGGGCACCCUAAUGUCAUGAACAUGGCUGGUUGGGCUGAAUUUGACAUCUUGGGAAACUCUUUUUCUUUGAUUGUUCUGGAGAUUUGCGAUCUUGGCACUCUUCUCGACAUGGUAUGUGAAUUUCGAGAGAGGGACGAAUACAUGCCCGAAGCAUUUAUAUGGCACACUUUCGAACAACUGUUUAGCGGACUUGCAUUUCUCCAUGGCGAGCAUCCCGAUUACAUAACAAAACCAGAAUUUGCGGGACGUACAGAAACAACUGUCGCACGUGACGUUAAAUCAAACAAUGUCUUCAUCCAAUCAGUUCCUCCAAAUUCUCCCCCGAACACAUAUCCGACUAUCAAAUUGGGAGAUUUUGGCGAGUCCCUACAUCUACCCAGACACGGUACUCGCGAUUUUAAUUACGGAAAUAGUACUUGUGACCCGCCAGACACCAAGAUGAGUGCAAAGUAUGAUGUGUGGUCCGUAGGCGCCAUGAUAUAUAUGAUGGCCAGGAGGGGGCGUUACCCAAACAAAGGGUGCUCCCUGAUAAACUCGGAGGGAAAGGUCAUUAAGUUUCAUCGCGCAAAACCAGCAGAAAGAGAACUCCUACGUCGUGCGCUAAAUCAAGAAUCGAGGUUUGAGCCUAUAAAUGAGCAUUUGACUUUACGGUUAGAAACCGAGAUCAGAUGGGCCAUGACACUUAACCGAGAAGAUCGACCGACUGCUGUAGAAGUAUAUCUCAAGGUACAACAGCUCAACGACGCGAGGAAGAAAUUCAUGUAUAGGGAAUUGCCACCUUGGGCCCCAAAAUUGGAAUUGCAGCGAGAGUACAAACCUCUCGAAUUGGUAAAGAUGAAUUGGAUGAUUGACGACGCGGAGGAGAGAGACUUUCUAUUCAAAUACUCAGGAGGACUUACGGUGCAGAGGACAGAGAGAGCAAGGAAUAGGGUGCGGAGAAGUCUUGCUGAGCACCACGCGAUGGUUCAGAGAAGGAAGAAUGAGAAACAACGCGAAAUUGAUUUGAGAACUGGUGCGCGUGACCACGCGGAGCUAGAUCGGGCAAGGAGGAGCGUAAUUGAGCAAGAGGAAAUCGGCAAGGUCAAGAACGAGAGAAAGGAAUAUGGGGGUUGGUUGAGGUCCGGGCAUAAGAGGAGAAGAUUAGAAUAUCAUAGAGGUAGGGCGCAUUGGGUUGAUUGAGGGUAGGAACAUUUGGAGGAAGGACCAUAAAUUGUAUAUGUUAAAGAGGGAGAGUGGAUGUAGUAACGAGGGGUUUAUUGAGGGGGUUAUGCUAGAACUUUCAAGGUGACGCAAUUGUAUUUAUCUAGU